AAGGCGCAUGCGUGAAGAAGUGAACGAUGGUGGACAUGUAGGCAACGCAUCAAGCUCGAUGAUAUCUAUCGACUAGCGAUCGAUUUCUAACAGUUCACUAGAACUAAUAGAUCGUAUAUCACUUAUUUGCAGCUACUAGCAUUGUAGCUAGCUUCCGUAGAACGAAGCCCUGGAACAUACAAAAAUGCCGAACAUUAAGAUAUUCAGCGGUAGCUCGCAUCGGGAACUGUCUCACAAAAUUGCUGACCGUCUUGGGAUGGAACUCGGGAAGGUUGUCACCAAGAAAUUCAGCAAUCAAGAAACAUGUGUUGAGAUCGGGGAGAGUGUCCGUGGAGAGGAUGUCUACAUCGUACAGAGCGGCUGUGGGGAGAUCAAUGAUAAUCUGAUGGAGCUGCUGAUUAUGAUCAAUGCGUGUAAGAUCGCCUCGGCCUCCCGGGUCACAGCCGUCAUCCCCUGCUUCCCCUACGCACGGCAGGACAAGAAGGACAAGGUGGGGAGUCGGGCGCCCAUCUCAGCCAAGCUGGUGGCUAACAUGCUGUCUGUGUCUGGGGCUGACCACAUCAUCACUAUGGACCUCCACGCCUCACAGAUCCAGGGUUUCUUCGACAUCCCGGUGGAUAACUUGUAUGCUGAGCCUGCUGUACUGAAGUGGAUCAAGGAGAACAUCGCCGAGUGGAAGACCUGCACUAUCGUCUCUCCAGACGCAGGUGGAGCCAAGAGAGUGACGUCCAUAGCGGACAGGCUCAACGUGGACUUUGCUCUGAUCCACAAAGAGAGAAAGAAGGCCAACGAGGUGGAUCGCAUGGUGCUGGUCGGGGACGUCACGGAUCGGGUGGCCAUCUUGGUGGAUGACAUGGCAGACACCUGUGGUACUAUCUGUCACGCGGCCGACAAGCUGAUCUCAGCUGGUGCUACCAAGGUGUAUGCCAUCCUGACCCACGGUAUCUUCUCUGGCCCGGCCAUCUCCCGCAUCAACAACGCCUGCUUCGAGGCCGUGGUCGUCACCAACACUAUCCCUCAGGAGGAGAAGAUGAAGACCUGUCCUAAGAUACAGGUGAUUGACAUCUCUAUGAUCCUGGCUGAGGCCAUCCGCAGGACCCACAACGGGGAAUCUGUCUCCUACCUCUUCAGCCACGUCCCCUUGUAACAUCACACACACACUGAGUCACCUGGGGCACUGUUCAGUAGGGGACAACAGAACAUUCAGAACAGAUACGGCCAUAUCUCAUGCAGAAUAGGGACUUUGGGGAACAGAUAUGAUUGUCUUUCAGAUAGACUAAGGAAAGCAGAGUAGGCUCUUCAGUUCUAUGCCCAGUAUUCUGGAAUGUUUCUCAUCGCUGAAUAGAUUCCAGCCCUACUGUUCUGUUACACCAGAAAAAGGAGAGGGAAUGUCCUAUACAAACACCAGUGUUGGGCUCGAUUCCAUUUCAAUUCCAACCCUACUAUUCUGUUACACCAGAAAGAGGAGGAGAGGGAAUGUCCUAUACAAACACCAGUGUUGGGCUCGAUUCCAUUUCAAUUCGAGAAGUAUACUGACUAGAGGUCGACCGAUUAUGAUUUUUCAACGCCGAUUAUUGGAGGACAAAAAAAGCCGAUAAUCGGCCGAUUUUAUUAGGGGGGAAAAAUGUUUUAUGUAUCUAUAUAUCAUACACACACACACACAUAUUUUUGUAAUAAUGACAAUUGCAACAAUACUGAAUGAACAAUGAACACUUAUUUUAACUUGAUUCAUAAAUACACACACACACACACACACACAGCUCUGAAGUGACAAUGAUACUGAAGAGUCUGCUUAGGAGACAAAUACUCUCAACUGUUUGAGUAAAAAUAGAGUUUAAGUUACCUGUGAUGAAUGUUGAAAACAAAAACUUUAAUUUCUAUAUGGAGGAAAUCCUAUUUUAAUAAUGGACAUGGUAAGAAUUGACAACCAAAGUACGAGUCAUAAUUCCCAUGACACCUUCUAGCAAAAUCUGUGGUUCCUUCAUUUAUUCCAUAGGAUAUUUUUAGAUUCACUUAAAAUAAGGUCUGUGUUUCGUGUAGGUUUACACCACCGUGCCAAUUUUAGAACUGUGUAGAUAUCCAUAGGACAAGGUAACUGAUCAAUAUUGGCUAAAUAUAAGCGAAGAUAAAAAAAAUUGUAGAGUGGAUUUCUGAAAAUAUGUUGACAAACGUUACCUUAUCCAAGUGAGAUUUACAGGGGUGUCAAAACGCAGAGGCGGUUUAAGCCUGCACGAAACACAGACCUUAUUUGAAGUAGAUCAAGACAUUCUCUAUGGAAGACAUGAACGGUAACGAAGGAACCCCUUUCAAAUUCAGCCGCAAGUUACUACAGGAAUUAUAACGCGUCGACUAUCUCUCUAAACCACAUACCUUUGACUAAUCCGGAAACUAGCACCUCGAAAACAAAACGUUUAUUCCGUUCCGUAUUUUAUCUAACGGGUGGCAUCAAUGAGUCUAAAUAUUCCUGUUACAUUUCACAACCUUCAAUGUUAUGUCAUAAUACCGUAAAAUUCUGGCAAUUUAGUUCGCAAAGAGCCAUGCGGACCAAACUGUUGCAUAUACCCUGACUGCGUGCAAUGAACGCAAGAGAAAUUACACAAUUUCACCUGGUUAAUAUUGCCUGCUAACCUGGAUUUCUUUUAGCUAAAUAUGCAGGUUUAAAAAUAUAUACUUGAAUAUAUACUUGUGUAUUGAUUUUAAGAAGGGCAUUGAUGUUUAUGUCUAGGUACACAUUGGAGCAAUGCCAGUCAUUGAUUGAUUGUUUUUUUAUAAGAUAAGUUUAAUGCUAGCUAGCAACUUACCUUAGCUUACUGCAUUCGCUAACAGGCAGGCUCUUCGUGGAGUACAAUGUAAUCAGGUGUUAGAGCAUUGGACAAGUUAACUGUAAGGUUGCAAUAUCGAAUCGCCCGAGCUGACAAGGUUAAAAAUCUGUCGUUCUGCCUCCUAGGCCGUCAUUGAAAAUAAGAAUGUGUUCUUAACGGACUUGCCUAGUUAAAUAAAGAUUGAAGGUGUAAAAAAAUAAAUAAUAAUAAUCGGCAAAUCGGUGCCCAAAAAUACCGAUUUCCGAUUGUUAUGAAAAAUCGUGUCCAAUUUCAAGUUAUCGGCCGACCUCUAAUACUGACAUUCCAAUUCUUUUAAUCAGGACAUUUUGGAAUUGGAUUUGGAAUUAGGUUUACUUUCUGAAUUGAGGUUUAAAUUGAAUUGACCCCAACGGGGAGAAACACCCAUUAUAUUAGCAUCGCUCUGCUGCUAUCGCUAACUAACCACAUAAUAAUUAGGAUUAACGUUUAUUAAUAAUGAUGACAUGUUCAUUUUAAGUCCCUCUCUCACCCAUAAACAGUGUUUGCAUCCCAAAUGGAACCUUUUUCCUACAUAGUGAACUUCUUUUGACUUGUGCCCUAUGGGCCCUGGUCAAAAGUAGUGCACUGCAUGGGGAAUAGGGUGCCAUAUGGGACUAUCAGGGACAAGAGGUCCGUGUUGAUGAUUCAUUGUGAGUGGGUGAACUCACCUAAUGCCAACAGUUGUUCAUGAUAAGGCUGCUACAAUACUUCUGUUACAAAAAGAGGGCGAGAGACAGUUGGAUGCUGACUGACUUCAGGUAUUUUUAUUAUUUAGUUUUUCUUUUUGAUUGGGUUGAAAGAUGAGACUCAUAAUGUUGUUAAGUGAAUGAGUUAUAGUGGACAGUGAUGUUCAUCUGGGUGAUUCAUAAGUCUUUUUAAAGGGGCAAUCUGGGAUUGGUACUUCUAAUGUUUGGACAUGAUGGUAAAUAGCCCACUGAUUGUUGAAGAUUUUAACUUAUAAAUGCCUCCAUGAUCUGCAUCCCGAGCUCUGUCUAGGAAUUUGAGAGUGGGGACAUAACUCCAACCCCAUCCCUCACCUGUUGACCUAAACAGGUAUAGGGGGGGGGCUUUUCUAAUUGCGGAUUGCCCCUCUUAAGACUUGGGAAUCGUUCUUUCAGUGGGUGCAGAGGAGGCAGGUUUUGCUCUUCGAGGUUGCCGUCUAGAAGCUGUUGGUUUUUAGCUCUGCAGGAUGGAGCUUCCUAGAAAAGUCUCUGCUAUUUUUAUUUACUUAAUUUCUUUCAAUAACAUUUGUAUAAUACUCUCGAAAGAGUGGUAUCUGUCUGACUUUAAAGUUUCAUGUACAGUUGAAGUUGUAAGUUUACAUCCACUCAGGUUGGAGUCAUUAAAACUCAUUUUUCAGCCA